AUGGCAGACGGACUCAACCAGGCCCGCGCAGUGCGAGUGGCCGAGCUCAUCAACGAUUACCGAACGCUUUUGCUGCAUAUUUCCCAGCAGCAGGUCGAUGUUCCACCAGAAGACACCUACGAAGAGGGCUACACGGUGCUCCGAGAAUGCCACACCGCCGCUCAGAGAUUAAUGGCUGCCAAUUACCAACCUUGCCCGGUGGCUGGCCAGGGCAAUGCGGAAACUGAAAAGGCAGAGCUCCAGAGAGUCAUCAUCGAUAGCAGCGCCCGUCGCUUCCAAGCCCACAAGAUCUACCUUCGUGCGGCGGCUUCGCGACGCUGGGCCAUGACCCGAGCGAACACCCUAUGUGGCCAACGGCCAACAGCAGCGCAUGCAGCGGCCUUGAAAGGUGCACACGCAACCCUACAACAGGAAUUGGCGCGUAUCACUGAUCAGCAUGUUGUCGCCGACCUUCGAGCCGCUGACUUGCGGGCAGGCCAUUGGCUCGACGACGAUCCCUCCUUAGAUGCGAUGCGCUGCUGGAUUCAGGGGCGGUAA